UUCAAAGAGUUCUACAACACAAUUGACAAACUCUUUGUGCUUUCUGAUCUACACAAUUUUUUCUUGAAAAAAAUGAUGAACACUAAGAAGCUUAUCAAGCUGGCCAAGAAAUGGCAACAGAGAGCAGCCCUACACAGGAAAAGGAUCUCAUUCCAGAGAUCAAGUACUGCUACUAGCUCAACCGCUUCAGAGAAGGGCUGUUUUGUGGUUUACACGACAGAUGGCACACGCUUUGCUUUUCCCAUAAGUUACCUGAGCAACUCUGUUUUCCAAGAGCUCUUGAAGAUAUCUGAAGAAGAGUUCGGCCUCUCCACGGAAGGACCAAUCACGUUGCCAUUCGAUUCAGGUUUCUUGGAGUAUCUAAUCAAAUUAGUCGAAAGAAGAAUGGACAGAGAUACGGAAAAGGCUUUGUUAAUGUCAAUCUCUAGUGCUAGAUGCUCUUUACAUUGUUCUUUGCAACAACAAGAACAGAGUACUCAACAAUUGUUUGUGUUUUAGAUUUGCUUUAGAGAAGAUAUAUUCUUUCUACUUC